AUGGACAUUCAACUAGAUGACGGAGUUAUACAAAAGGCCAAGGCCCUUCAAGAAGCGAAUGAAGAGGAGAUAAAGAUGAAAAAGUUAAAACCACAGUCGAAGGGAUUACUGAGUCCGAAGAGCAACCUCCUUGAGGUGACGGAUACGGGUUGUAGAAGUAGAAUACGAAUCUGUAACGUGUUAAAUGUCCCGAAAAGUGAAGGUGAAUUUAAUGAUACCUCGAGAAAAAAUAAAUAUAUAGACCAGAUAAUCACCGUGUGUGGUUGGAGCAAAGCUGUGAGGAAACAGGGAGGAGGUAGGUUCUGUUUUGUGAACCUAAAUGAUGGUUCUUGUCAUUUAAAUUUGCAAAUAAUUGUCGAUCAAUCUAUACAGAAUUAUGAGAAACUACUAAAGUGUGGUGUUGGGUGUUGUUUUCGAUUCACUGGAAAGUUAAUAGUAUCUCCUGUCCAAAAUGAGGGGGAAAAGGGACUCAUAAAAGAAAAUGUGGAAUUGUCAUUGAAGGAUAAUUCCAUUCACAAUUUUGAAAUAUACGGAGAAAAUUUAGAUCCACAGAAGUAUCCACUUUCGAAGAAGAACCAUGGGAGAGAGUUUUUACGGGAAGUAGCCCACUUGCGACCACGAAGUUACUUCAUUAGCUCAGUUAUUAGAAUUAGAAAUGCUCUUGCCAUUGCUACACACUUGUUCUUCCAGAGCAGGGGUUUUCUGUACAUUCACACACCCUUGAUUACAACAUCUGAUUGUGAGGGAGGUGGAGAAAUGUUCACUGUCACAACGCUCUUGGGGGAGGAUGCUGAUUAUAGUGCUAUUCCACGUGUCAAGAAGCUGGCCAAGGAGGGAAAGAAGAGAGAAGACAUUCAAGCCACUCAUGCCGCAGAUGUAGGGGGAGAUGAAAGUCGGAGCGGUAAUGCACAUGAGAGUAGUGCUCAGCCCACACAAUACCUGAUCGAUUACAAGAAGGAUUUCUUCAGCAAGCAGGCAUUCCUGACGGUGAGUGGUCAGUUAUCCCUGGAGAAUCUAUGCUCUUCCAUGGGCGAUGUGUAUACAUUCGGACCAACGUUUCGAGCUGAGAAUUCACACACUUCUAGACAUCUCGCGGAAUUCUGGAUGAUAGAACCAGAGAUAGCUUUCGCAGAUCUAUACGACAACAUGGAGUUAGCCGAAUCAUACAUUAAGUACUGCAUCGGUUAUGUGCUCAGCAACCACUUCGAUGAUAUAUAUUAUUUUGAAAAAAAUGUCGAAAACGGCCUAAUCAGUAGACUCAAAAAUGUAUUGGAUGAAAAAUUUGCUAAGAUAACAUAUACCAAUGUGAUUGACCUUCUGUUGCCAUAUUCAGAAAAGUUCGAAGUACCCGUCAAGUGGGGAAUGGAUUUACAGUCUGAGCAUGAAAGAUUCGUAGCGGAACAAAUUUUUAAAAAACCAGUCAUUGUGUAUAACUACCCCAAAGAUUUAAAAGCUUUUUAUAUGAAGUUAAAUGAAGACCAGAAAACAGUUGCCGCCAUGGAUGUACUGGUCCCUAAAAUUGGAGAAGUUAUUGGUGGUUCCCAAAGAGAAGACAACUUAGAACGAUUAGAUAAGAUGAUUCUUGAGAAGAAGCUAAAUAUGGAAAGCUACUGGUGGUACCGACAACUGCGUAAAUUCGGUUCGCACCCACACGCGGGAUUCGGCUUGGGGUUCGAGCGGCUCAUUAUGCUCGUCACGGGGGUAGACAACAUUAAGGACACCAUUCCCUUUCCGCGGUAUCCUGGCCACGCGGAGUUCUGA